UCCAAACUUUUGUCAAGUUGCGAAUUGAGGUCAGAACAUCAACAACAUGGUACCAAAGUGAAAGGAAGAUGAGGGAGUUUUGAGAUCAGAAACUACAAUUUCUGAACUCAAAACUCUCUGCUUUUUUGACAAAAUGCCUUUGCUUUCUUUAAUGGCAUCUAGUCAUACUGGGUGCCUUCCUGCACUUGUCUUACACCAAGAACAGGCUACUUCCAGGCAGCUCAAGGAUUUUCGGCGUCUUUUACCAUCCAGUGGAUCAAGACAAGAGAUACUAAGAUCAAGCAUCCUUUCUCUAACACCAAACGAGCAUGGUGAUCUCUUUAAGUCAAUGAGUGAAUCAUAUGGGUAUGGUGAAUAUGUCAGGGCUGCCCGAAGAAUGUCUCUGCUUGGUGAUAUGCAAGAUAAGCAACCUGAUUAUAUCCUCUUCAGCUUUGGCAUAAAUGAACAAUGGACAAAGCAUAAAAAGUUGCGAUUUCUGUUGACUGGAUCAAAUGAAUUGGAAAAGGAUUAUCUGGAUCCUUUUGUAUUUCCAGAAUUGGCAGGGAUUCAAGCUACACCGACUGAUAUGCACUUGCUGCACCUUGGUAGUACUGAUUUUGAGUUCAAUAAUUUAUCUGGUGCAUAUACAUCUCUUCAUCACCCAAGUGGGAAGUAUUAUGAUCUGGAAGCUAAACCUGAUCUGGUUCAAGAUCUUCUUUCUUCGACGGUAUCAGUUCAUGCUGAUGGGCAACUUUCCUUUGGUGGUAAUAUGACUGAUAUGAAGGAUCUGGUUUCAAUGCAAGGAGAGUUUAAGCUAACAAAGGACUCAGCAUGGAGAAAGCAGGUGCUUGUGCCUGAUUUUAGAUGGAAUGAUGCUAUCAACUUGCAAGAUCGUACAUACACGUCUUCUUUAAAAUUAGAUUCCUUGGCUGUUGUUCCCCUCAAAAGAUGUAAGAAAGUAAAACAGAAGCCAUCUUCAAAGAGGAAAAGCAAGAGAGCCGUGGGGGAUAGGGAUCUUUAUAAGAACAACUCUAUACAGGCUUGUGAGAUGCUUCUAUCUCUUAUGAUGGACAAGAAGCGAAAUGGGAAGUCAGUGACGAAUUCACUAAAGAAAGCUGGUCCUGCACUACCUCUACUAUUGACUCAGUUCUCUGCCAGCAUUACAGGAACUGGACUAGCUGUUAUUUUCUCUGUGAUUUGGAAAGUUGCUUGUGGAAGCAUACCUUUGUGCACAUCCAACCUCCUUACCUCUGGGUUUGGAGUUGGCCUGUUUUGGCUUUCUUGGGCAGUGAAUAAGUUGAGGGACACAAUCAUAUACAUCGGCAAGAAUUCUAUGAAAUUAGAAUUUGAAGAAGAGGAGAUGAUGAUGAGAGUGAACAAGAGUAUGAAGGACAUUCUGUUCCGUGCUGGUGCUUUGAUGGCGGUGUUAGUAUUAAGGUUUGCCUGAAUGCCAUGAUGAUAUAAUCGGACCCCUCAUGUUUUCGAGGUAUAUAUGCUUUUGGUGAAAAUUUUGGCACUCUGGCUAUUGGAAGUUUGGAACCUUCAGAUCUGGCAUCGUUGGCUCGAAAUUUUUGUUGUCGAUAUCUCAAAAACUCCUUCAGUUGAGAAUUCUUCUGUUGAGACCAAUGUCAGAAACAGAUACCUCCGUGAGUUUCUUUAGGAUUAUGACAGAAGACCAAUAUUGUGAAAUAGAACUAGGAUACAAACUCUUUUUGUUUUUUCAGGGACAUAGAAUUUAGUGUUGUAAAUCGCAUCCAAAUUAUCAGGUAUCACCCUUGUAGAUUUUGCUAGCUAAAACUUUGAACUAGUAAAUAACAAAAUGCAAGUGCUCGAGUGUAAUUACGGAAGCAAACUAGACUUUUUCUUACCCUUGCCGGUCUAUAUGGUGAAAGACAAUUCAUGCUGAGACUUGUGAAAGUUGGUAUCAUCAUUCUAUUAUAUAAAGCUACAUAAAUUUGCUUGUGUCA